UUCAACAUCAGUUGAGUUUCAAACUUUCAUACGAUCGGAUAUCAUAGAACAUUUAGUGCUUGUUAUACAAAUAUCGAUUAAAAAUUAUAUUAAACAUACAGACAUAAAUAAUACGACACGGCGGUAUAUUUGUAAUUCUCAUAUACUAUUAAAACUUUUUAACAAAAAUACUUGCAUACAUAUAUUUCGUUUACAUAAAGAAUACAAAUUUAAUUUUCGUAUAAUGUCGGUUCGACCCGCGUCUCCUAAAGUCCUACUCGAUAUUAGCUACAAGCCAUUGCCGAAUAUAAUGGAUUUGCAACACAAUGUCAUUAAAUUGAUUCAAGUUGACCAACAGUCGUAUAUGCAUUCCAUCCAUAAUAUGGAUCCACAGAAUGCAUAUGGUCAGACCCAUCCACAUCAAUACCAUCACCAGAAUCAACAAAUGUCGCACAUGAACAUGAAUGGACGUCAAAAUAUCGCCAAUCCUAAUGAAUACCUUUGCUACGGAGUCAGUGAACAGGAUGAGACAGAUUACAACAUUCCUAGCAGUGAAAUCUUAAGCACAAGUAGCAACAGCGCCAGUUCUACACCAAAUAGCCACAAUAUGGGUUCUCCAGCUUCAAUUUCCGCUAAUGGUGUAUCAAAGGAACUGAAUAACAACUCUUUCAAUGAUUUGGAAUCUCAACAGUAUCAAAUAAAUGAAAACGGUAAGCGAAGCCGUGAUUUCGACUGCGGAUCCAACGAUGUAUUACAGGAUAAUAAGAAAAUACACAUACCAUCGCUACACACAGGUCAGAACAAUGUGCAACAUUUUGUCCAGCAUCAAGAUCAAAAAUUUUUUGUGGAAUAUUUGCCAACUACUGUAAAUGAAGUAAACUCAUCUAAUAAUGUCCAGCCAAAUACAAACCAACAAAAUUGUGUAUCUUCGCCGCAAUUCGAGUUUGCGGAUGAAGAAAUGUGUGAUAACAGCGAGGAGGAUAAUUUUAAAUACACUUUCCAACAACAGCAACAUCAACAAAAUACCACCACACCAUCCUUAGUUCUGCACCAUAACAAUGGACCUAUACAUUCCAGUAAUUUAGCAGGUGGCUUCGAUCAUAUGGAACAUGCCGGUUCUUUGAAUGGCAGUACUUAUUCCAGUUCAGAUCGUGACGAAAUGGAAUAUACUCGCCAAUCAGCUCCUUCCAGCAACAGUUAUUUGUUUCCCCAUGAAGAUGAACUUAGUGCUGGCGGUGGUGAGAGCAACGAACAUUCCAAAGAGUUCCGCAAACCCCGUCGGCGAACAAAACGAAAAUCUAGCAAGUCCGAAGAAGUAGAGGAUUUUCACAGCCAGCGAAUUAUGGCAAAUGUGCGAGAGCGCCAAAGAACCCAAAGUUUAAACGAUGCCUUUAAAUCAUUGCAACAAAUAAUUCCCACCCUACCAAGUGAUAAGCUGAGCAAAAUCCAAACACUUAAAUUAGCCACUAGAUACAUUGACUUCCUGUGUCGCGUGCUAUCAACGAGCGAAAUCGGUUUACUAAAGGCUCUCGAUUCAAACGGAGCACAAGGUAAUGGCUAUGCUAUGGGUGCUGCUUCCAUCCUUAACGAUGCGGAAGCUGACUUAAAAAGUCUAAGAAGAGCGGCUGGUGCUCCCGUCAUUCCACCAGAGAAACUAAGUUAUCUCUUUGGUGUUUGGCGAAUGGAAGGUGAUGCUCAGAACAGCAAAUCCUAAAUGUUCAACGUAAAUUACGUUUUCAGUCAGCCGUCUCAAAAAAAAAAAAAUAUAUAUAUAUACUUCCACAAAUUAUUAAUGCAUCUCUGUGUCGCAAAAUGCAACACUUGUUAUACUUUCCAUUUAGUUAUAAAACAAUUUAUUUUAGCCUCUAGACCUAAGACUCAACACAAUAAUUUUAAAAAGUCCUUAUUAUACAUAGAAACAUACUUAUAUGUAAUAAUUUAAAUUUUAAACUUAAGUAUUUUUAUAAAUAAAUUUAUAUAUAUAUAUAUAUAUUUAUAUGUAUAUAUAUAAUUAUGUACAUGUAUGAAAAUUAUACUCCUAUGUAUGUGUUAUUUUUAAUAUACAUUUUAUAUCUUAAACUCUUUCGAGUGCCACAAGGAAAUCGUUCGUUCCAAUUGUAAAUUAAUAAAAAAUAAAUUGAAAAGAAAUCAAAAG